AUGAUCCGUGAGGCUGCUAUGGUCGCUCUGACACGAAUCUUGGCUGAUGCGGACCACGACAGCAGCGAUACCGAUGGCUCCUCAACGACUUCAGUAAAACGAGCAAAGAAAGCCUCAGUAGACGGAACAGCAAACGCCAUUCUUGCGAUAUCAUCGUUUUUGGAAAGUGCGAACGAGUGCAAGUUUCAAGAAAUUACCCUGCAAAGAGAAGCCAACGCCAUUGCCGCUGGAAAGUUGGACUUGGAAGAAAAACGGUACCUCUAA